AUGGCUGCUGCUCCGGCAGCAGGCCGAUUGUCCGGAUCUGGCUAUCGUGUUUGCUCGACCUGUAUCACACGGUGUUUGCGCCAGUCGUCCCGGCCACACAGCACUUUGAGAUCUGUCCUGCAAGCGAACAGGAAGCUCCACAGUGGCAUCAUUCCAAUUGAAAGACCCUCGAAAAGCGCGGUCCCUCAUUCACAGAGCUUCGUGGACGAUUAUUUCUCAGCCAACACCUCGAUUGAGAGGGGAUGGAUCAAGAGCGGGAUGCUGGCUGCGGUCCGCACAGUUGCGGAACCGGCAGGACGAAGGGAACAUGAUGUGACUGGCGAAGGUACACGGACGCGAGCACAAGGAGAACUGGAAAAGGCUUUGUCUUUCAAGGAAGAGCCUCUAAGUCAAGAGAAUCCGAAUCCUCAAAAUGCUCCAGAAGCCAGCAAAGCUGUGGAGAGUGGUGAACCGGAGGCAGAGGUGUUACCGCACAGGAGGCGCAAGAGACGAAAGAGCAGCCAGGACACGUCAGAUGAAUCUCUACCGUUGGAUGCUUCGUCCCAGUUGACGACUGCUGCGACCGCGCUGCCAAAAUCAGCCGUCUUCCGACGAAAGCUGGCCACAUUCCUUUCACUGACCAAACCACGACUAUCGUUCCUGAUAUUGCUCACGACCACUUCGGCGUACAGUCUAUAUCCGCUUCCAGAAAUUCUGUCCUCCACGUCCUCCUCGGCGACUUCAUCCCUUUCCACAUCAACAUUGACGCUACUAUUUCUCACUUCUGGCACCUUCUUGUCGUGCGCCUGUGCCAACACCCUUAAUAUGCUGUUUGAGCCAAAAUACGACGCUCUCAUGUCCCGAACUCGAAAUCGGCCUCUCGUCAGGAAGCUGGUCUCUCCGCGAGCUGCCGCGGUAUUUGCCUUGGUCUGUGGUGCGUCUGGCUUGCUUCUCCUCGGGCUGGGGACCAACCCGACGGUGGCGGGACUGUCGGCUCUCAAUAUCUUCCUUUAUGCCGGUGUCUACACGCCAAUGAAGCGGAUCUCCGCGGCAAACACGUGGGUUGGCGCAAUUGUGGGUGGAAUCCCCCCUUUGAUGGGCUGGUGUGCUGCUGCAGGCGAGGCUGCCACGUCGGAGCACCACUCCUGGAAAGAUCUGCUCUUUUCAGAGGACUCGGUUGGCGGCUGGGCAUUGGCAGCCCUAUUGUUUGCCUGGCAGUUUCCUCAUUUCAUGUCAUUGUCGCACACUAUUCGAGAAGACUAUCGAAACGCGGGCCACAAAAUGUUGGCCUGGACGAACCCUGCUCGAAAUGGACGCGUCGCUCUGCGGUACUCUUUGGCCAUGUUUCCUAUCUGCGGGCUUCUCUACUUUACGGGAUACGUGGACAAGGGCUUUCUUGUGAUAAGCACAGCAUGCAACGUCUGGAUGAGUCGAGAGGCAUUCCGCUUCUGGAAACAGCAGGGCGCUGGAGGAAGCGCCAGAGGACUGUUCUGGGCAAGUGUCUGGCAGCUUCCACUUGUGUUGGUGGGAGCUCUUGUGUGCAAAAAGGGACUAUGGGACGGCUUCUUCAGCUCGGAUGAACCCGCCAGUAUCUACGAGGAGGGUGACCUCGAAACUGACGGUGACACUCUUGGGAUGGACCCGUCAAAACCUCGACAAAGGCCGCCGCCACCGGAUAUCAAUUUGGCCAUGAUGGGGUUUAAGAGACCGACAUGA